AUGAUUAUAGAAAAGGACGACUAUGUUAGUAGUGUUAGAGAUGACUCAGACCACUUUAGAUACAAUAGUAAAAGAAAUAGUAAUCCACAAAGUUAUCAGAAAAACAGCUCCAAUUUUGCACUUCCUAGAAAUUCAAAUACGACAAUUCCAAAUUAUAAGAGACAACAUCAUUUCCAACCACAUUUUUAUACUCCACAAAUGUCCCAACCAAAUAAUUUCCAAACAAAUAACUUCCAACCAAAUAGCUUCCAAUCAAAUAACUUUCAAGCAAAUCAAAUGACUCAACAAUCAUUAAGACCUAACCAACAAAAUUCCCCAUUUCCAAAUCAAACGAACAAUACAACAAAAGGUUCUGACUGGACACCUAUGAGUGGUGUAUCAACUAUUAAUUCCGCAAAUAACAAACAACGACAUAACAGACUCUACAAUUUAGAAAACAUUGAUUCAGAACAAGAUUCAUACUCUGACGAACCACAUGUGGAUUUUCAAACGGACGAACAACGACAAAAUCAAACAUAG